AUGUUCUCCCAAGACACGCCAACCAUCUACGCGGAGCUUCUCACAAAUAUUCGCCAGCUCUCUGUCGCUAUUACUCUCCCGUCACCCGCCGAGAGAAACACAGAAGGCAGGGUCACAGCCGACGGCGCGAAGCUCAACCUCCAACAUGCAGGCUCUCAAACCGCAUUCUCUCUCCCAGGCAAGGUCGUCGCACCUAGAAAUGGUCUCCUUCCUGCACCGCAUCCAGGUUCAAGCGUUCUAUCGUGGCGUCUGCCACUAGCCGAUACAUCAUCGGUACCCAUAGCCCGCGGGCCUCUCGAGGAACCUGUGCCAUGGGCGGCAACAGACUUGCUCCCGGAUUCAGCUGUGAAAUGCAGAAACUGUUCGGCGGUUGUCGUGCCUCAGGGAAAAGCGGAGGAGUGGAAAGAUCUGCCGAGCGAGAACUGGGCUGAGAUGAUGGACUUCUGGCACUGCCAUAAGCCGACGGAUCAUGAGCAUGAGCAUGAUCAUGAGCAUCUGGCGAAGCGUGGCUACGGCGCGAACUCGUCCAUCGCUGCGCAGAACGGCAUCGGCUUGGUUGACCUCACCUCUCUGCUGUUCACUGAAUCCGACUGCCAGGGGCUACUUUAUUCCUCCUCAAACUCUGAACAAUCAGACACCAGCUCAGCAGUAUUGGCCGGCCAGGCUGACCCCCCUCCACGGAUGCUCUACGUCAUCUGCUCAGGCUGCAAAAACCACAUCGGCUUCUUCAACGUUGCCAUAUCAUCCGUUGUCCUCUUCAAGUGGCAAGUGUCAUGCCAAACAGCGUCAUCCGGAGCUCCGCCCAGCAGUUCAGACUGUCUGGCAGCUACCUUAAUCGCAACCCUAUCUCGAUCUGGUUCAGCGAAAUCAGUGGUUGUCCCGACGCUUUCGUCGCAUAAUGUGCGCAAUGGGUACGACUCAUCCCCAGCGCUUCAUUUGUGGAUUCUCAACAGCAAUAUCACGUACGCCUCCUCCAAGCGCGAAGGAAAGCGUUCUGCCAUCAAGCUCCUCUACCGGGAGAUCAACCAGCAGGAGGCCGAGUCGAUGCUGGAGUCAAUGACCUCUGAUGUUCAAGAGGUCAACCUUCCCACAGCAGAUAUUGCUCGGGCUGCGGAGGUAUUGCGGAGGAGCAACGAACUUCUCCCGCCAAGUGAGCGGGUUUUUAAGGAAUGGAACGUCGCUCUGUUGGAUAAGUGGCAGGCUUCAAGCUAG